AUGAAAGCCAACAUUCCUCUUAGGGGAUAUUUUCAGGUGCCCACAAUUUGCCCCCAAUACUUCCCGAUUUGCUCUAGAGUUUCAUUUUUGCAUACGGGUGCGAGAGCUAGCCAACUCCCAGGUGUCCCAUCAGUCUUAGCAGCCAUGGGUAUCGACUUGGAUCGCCACCAUGUGCGUAGCAGCCAUCGCAAGGCGCCGAAAAGCGAGAAUGUCUAUCUGCAAGUUUUGGUGAAGCUCUAUCGCUUCCUCGCCCGUCGCACGGACUCCAACUUCAACAAGGUCGUGCUGCGUCGUCUUUUCAUGUCGAGAAUUAACCGCCCCCCUGUUUCUCUGUCGCGUAUCGCUUCCAACGUGACCGAUGCGCACAAGGGCAAGACCAUCGUCGUUAUUGGCUCCGUUACUGACGACAACCGCCUGCUUAACGUCCCGAAGCUGUCUGUGGCUGCCUUGCGCUUCACUGCUACUGCCAGAGCCAGAAUCGAGAAGGCCGGCGGAGAAACAUUGACCCUGGAUCAACUUGCUCUCCGGGCUCCUACUGGAGCGAACACACUUCUCCUCCGUGGACCCAAGAACGCUCGUGAGGCAGUCAAGCACUUCGGCUUUGGUCCUCAUAGCCACAAGAAACCCUACGUGCGAAGCAAGGGACGCAAGUUUGAGAGGGCCCGUGGAAGGAGAAGGUCUCGUGGCUUCAAGGUUUAA